AUGUUUAGGCCGGAGUUCAUAACUUUUUUUCUUUUAUUUGCUACAUUAAUUCACUUAAACAAAGGAGAUGAAUUUAUGGAAGAGAUUUUCAUCAAACCUUUGCCUCCUUCUCACCUUUAUGUUUACUUUCAAUUUAUAACACUAGUCGAUGGAGAUUCUAAUUGGUAUCCUAUUGUUCUUAGAACAAAUGGUGCGAUGGUUUCCUUGCCGACUCCAGAUUUUAGUAUGCCUUAUAAUGUUAUAUGUCUGGCAUGUACAGUUGUAGCAUUAGCGUUUGGGCCUCUUCACAAUAUAUGCACCAAAGAACUAGUACUAAAGGCAGCAAGAAGUAUUGUACCAUGUAAUGAAUGUCAAAAAGUAGUAGGAGAAUUUAUAAAAGAUAAAGAAGAAAAGAUUAAGUUAGACAAACAGAAUGCCAAAUUAAAGAAGUUAAAAGAAUUCAAAUCAAAAUUGAAAAAUAUCCUUAUAGAUGUUGAAAAAUCUAAUGAAAUGAAAAAAUUUGAAUCGACACGGAGAACCCAGUCAGAAACAUCCUUACGUAAACAAGAUAGCACUUUUAAAAAGCAAGUAACAAAUGAUUAUGAAAUACUUGAAAGUUACGAUAUUGCUAACAAAAUUCACAAGUAUUUAAGAAAGCAGCCUGUCAGACAAAUAGAAACUACUCCAUUAUAUACUAGCAGAGCUGAGAGUGAACUCUCAAUUGUUGGUCCUGUAAGGCGACAAAGAGAUAAUGAGCGCCAAAGAAGUAUACAUUUUAAGCACAGUCAAGAUAACGUUGAGUUAGUAUCUCUUCCGGGAUCUUCAGAUUAUAUAUCAUUAGAAAAUAAGUAUUAUAUUCAGGGCAAUAAAAAUAUACCAAGAAAAACAGACCUGUACAUUAAGCGACAGUUUUCCAGCGAGCGAGAUUUGUCUUCAGAUGCUCCAUUUAGGGAAAAGACAACUGAAAAAAUUCCAUUUAAACAAAAAGUAGAAUACAAAAGGGAUCAUCACCUUAGUUAUCAUGAUAUAAGGGAUUCACGUCAUGAAGAAUCUGAUAUAUUGCAAAAACAAGAAAAUGAAUUCAUCAAAGAAAUACCGAAACGUUCAUUAUCUGAUACAAAUGUCCGAGGUUAUAUGUCUGAAGAAUCUCUCAGAUCCAUUUCCACUGCAACAAGAAAUGUUGCACGUAAAGACUUUAGUUAUUUUUUUAUUAAGAAAACCGAUAUUACAAAAAAAAGACAGAUGAUAUCACUAAGCUCUUCGGAAUUAGUGAAAAAUACACAGGAUAUGUAUAGGGCAAGAGCGGAAGAAGCAAAAAUUAAGAAAGAACAAGAGUUGAAACAAAAAUUGGAGGGUGAUGAAAAAAGACGAAUUCCUAUGGAAGAGAAAAGAAAAUGGCAAGAUGAGGAAAAGAUUAAAAUAGAUAAAGAAAUUAAAGGUGAAAAGGAAAUACCAAAAUCAAGUGAAGAAUCAUUGGAAGUUAAAGAAGCAUUAGAAAUACAAGAAAAAGAAGAGGUGAAAGAAAUUUCAAUAAAGAUGGAACGAGAGAUUGUGUCUAAAGAAGCUGAACACAAGAAAAGGGAAGAUAAGGAAGGAAAAAACGAUGAAGAAAAAGAAGUACAUCAAAGAAAAAGGGAAGAAAAGGGGAAAGAGAAGUCCCUUAAGGAAGAACAAAUGCGAUUAACAAAAGAAGAAAAACUAAAACUUAAGGAGGAGAAAGAAAGAGAAAAAGAACUAAAAAAAGAUCAGUUGCGUUUGGCCCAUGAAGAAAAACAGAGACUCAAGGAAGAAAAGGAAAGGGAAAAGGCAGAAAAAAAAGAGCAAAUGCGUUUGGCCAAUGAAGAAAAAAAACGACUUAAGGAGGAAAAGGAAAAGGAAAAAGCUCUAAAAAAAGAUCAAUCGCAUUUAGCUAAUGAAGAAAAAAAACGACUUAAGGAGGAGAAAGAAAAGGAAAAACCUCUAAAAAAAGAACAAUUUCAUUUAGCUAAUGAAGAAAAAAAACGACUUAAGGAGAAGAAAGAAAAGGAAAAAGCUCUAAAAAAAGAUCAAGCGCAUUUAGCCAAUGAAGAAAAACAGAAACUUAAGGAGGAGAAGGAAAAAGAAAAAGCAUUAACAAAAGAUUUGUUACGUUUAGCCAAUGAAGAAAAAAAACUAUUUAAGGAGGGGAAAGAAAAGACAAAAUCACCAAAAAAAGAUCAGACUCCAUUAGACAAUCAAGAAAAACAGAAAUUUAAGGAGGAGAAAGAAAAGGAAAAAGCCUUAAAAAAGGAUGAGAUGCGCUUAGCCAGUGAAGAAAAAAAGAGACUUAAGGAGGAAAAAGAAAAGGAACGAGCAAUAAAAAAAGAUCAAAUGCUUUUAGAAAAUGAAGAAAAACAAAGACUUAAGGAAGAGAAGGAAAAGGAACUAGCUCUCAAAAAGGAUCUGAUUCGUUUAGCCAAUGAAGAAAAACAAAAAGCUAAGGAAAGCGAUAAACUUAAAAAUCGUGAAAAUGAAGAAAAAUCAAGUAAAAAAGACCAAGCAAUGGCCGAACUUAUGCUAAAAAUAGAUAAGGAAUCGAAGUUAAGGAAGACACAAGAAGAUGAAAUAAAAAAGAAAGAGGCAGAACUUAAAUUCAAAUCUUUAAAAGAAACAAAAGAAGAAGAAAAAAUCCAAAAACCAGCAAUUAAAAAAGUCGUUGAAAAACCCCAAACAAAGGAAUUAAAUAUAGACCAAAUCAAAAUAAGAAGACCUUCACCUGAUGAUCUUAUCCUAAAGUUGGUAAAAUUAAAACAAUCCCAAGAUAGUAAACCAAAAGAACGACCAACUAGAAUGUCGCAAAUUAAUUUACCGGAAAAAAUUAUACUUAGUCAUAAUAAAACACAUAAAAUUAUUAAAAAUGAUAAUUGUGUAAUAUGUUUAGAUUCAGAUUUAGAUCUCGAUAUUGAAAAUAUUAUGUUAAAUGAAGGAAAAUCAGACAAGUCUAACGAAAUCAUUAUCGGGCCUAAAAUAUUCAGAUACAAAUCACCUUUAGUUUUAAAAACGGAAGAUGUAGCCAAUCGUCCUCUGUUUUUUACUUCAAAACCUACAGAAGAUGACGCUGCUUUAAAUACAAACGUAAUUGGGAACAAAAUAGAUGAAGAAAAGGGGCGCAAUAUCCCACCAAUUCUUGCUGGCAAAUAUGUAAGUAUAAAAUUUUCAAAAAAUAUGAUUAACCUCAAAUGCAAUACCUUUUUAAUAUAUUUAAGUCUUCAAUAUAAAUGA